AUGGCGACGCCAUUUCCCGGUCUCCAGCACCGAGACGGAGGUGGAGGUGUGGCUGUAAUGGCGGGCACAGUGAACCCGAUCGAAACCUCACCAUCGCAGGCAUGCGUGGAGAACAACCCGGACCUCAAGCCACCGAUUUUAAUCUUCUUGUUCUUCCACAAGGCCAUCCGCUCCGACCUCGAGGGGCUCCAUCGUGCCGCCAUGGCUUUCGCUACCGGCGGGGGCGAUAUCAAGCCCUUGUUGGUGCGCUACCACUUUCUACGAGCCAUUUACAAGCACCACUGCAAUGCGGAGGACGAGCACAACGCUGCAGAGAAGAACUGGACCUACAAGCUCGGCUUGAACCAGUUCGUUGAUCUGACUAACGAGGAGUACCGGGCCACCUACUUGGGAACGAAGUCCGUUUCUGAGAGGAGGCUUUCGGGGCCGAGGAGUGACCGAUACGAGCCUCAUGUCGGCGAUAAGUUGCCCCAGUCCGUUGAUUGGAGGAAAGAUGGUGCCAUUGUUGGCGUCAAAGACCAAGGGAGUUGUGGUGAGUUUCGGAGUUUUUAG